AUGACUGAAUAUAAUUCUUGGAAUGGAAAUCGUUAUAUUAAUAAGAAUAAUCAUUUAAAGAUGCGCCUUGGCACUUCUGUUGUAAGUGAUAUUUCUUCUAAUUCCUCUUCAAUAACUUCAAGUACCUUAACACCAUGGAAAUGUUAUUCUAUUGACAUUGAUUGUGAUGGUCCUCCAUUAUCUAGUGGACCAUUAAAAAGUAUUCAUGAUGACUAUACUACAUCAACAUUACCAUCAAGAGGAAGUAAUAAAAAAAAAAAUUUAAUAUCUAAAUCAUUUCAAACAAAAGCAGCCACAGUUGAAGAACAUAAAAAUGAUUCAAUAACCAAUUAUUUAAGAGAUAAAGUUGGAAUAAGUGGUGGUAGAAAUCUUCAUGAACCUCUAAAUAUUAAACCAAUAAAUUUAAUUUCAAGGGACAAAUUAAUAAAUGGAAGUAAUGAAAUUAUAAAAAAUGAAAAGAAUAGUAUUGCAUCUAAAAUUAAUAAUAUUAUUCCAUUAAAUGGUUUACAAAAAAAGAUAACAUCACCAAAAAAACAAUGGUUUUCAACAUCAAUUGAUGAGAUAGAAGGAAAUUCAUAUCAUAAAAAUCAUUCAUCAAUUAAACCAUUUACACUUGAUUCUGUUUCACAAUAUAUUGAUGAUGAUGUAACACCUGAAUAUAAUGAAAAAAAUAUUAUCAAUUCUAAUGAUACAAUAAAAAAGAAUUUUCUUGAAUUUUCAACAACAAAAAAUUCAUACAAAGAUGUAUAUGAAAACAAAAAGGAUAAUAAUAUGCGGUAUAAUGAAAAGAAUAAUAAUAUGGAUAAAUGUAACAUUAAAGAAAUUAAUAAGAAUGUUAAUGAUUAUAAGAUUAAUGAAGAAAAUGUAUUAAAAAAUUAUAAAUCCAUUGAUGAGAUUAACAUAACGAGGGGUGGAAUAAAAAAUUUAAUUAAAGAGUAUUCUCAAAAACAGGAUGAUGUUGACAAAAGUAGUAUGGUUAAUGAAAGAGUUCCAUUUACCAUUAAACGUUUAUCUAAUAAUAAAAAUGUUUAUAAUGAUAUUAAUGAAAAUAAGAUAGUUUCUGAUACAUUAUUACCUUUAUCUUCUACUACUACUACUAUUACUAAUAAUAAUAAUAAUAAUAAUACCACUAUAUAUUCAGAAAUUUCUACAACAACAACAUUUGGAAAAAAAGAUUUAAUAAAUGAUUGUAAUAAUAAUACAAUUAAUAAUAUUCAUACAAAAACAACUUUUGGAAAAAAUGUACCAUCAAAUGAGGAUGAUACUUUAAUGAGUGUAGAUGAUGCAUACAAUAUUUUAGGCUUAACUAGAAAAAGUAGUCUUGUUGUAAGGACACAAACAUCAUUACGUGUAAAAAUAAUGAUUGAAAAAUUAUUAUACUCCUCUGGUAGAGAUCAACGCCGAGCUUUAUUUGCAUUAAAAAAAGUAUUUCAAGAUGAUAAAGAUUUGGUUCCUGAAUUUGUUCAAUCUGAAGGAUUAGAUUCAUUAAUUAAAUUAGGAAGAAUCUCUGAUCAAAAUCAUCAAAAUUAUAUUUUAAGAGCAUUGGGGCAAAUUAUGUUAUAUGUUGAUGGUAUGAAUGGAAUUAUUGCUCAUAAUGAUACAAUUAAAUGGUUUUAUGAAUUAUUAGAUUCACCAUUGAUGAAUGAAGAAGAAAGAAGAGAAAUGAGUCCUUUAAGAUUAGAAUGGUAUCGUCUUGUUGUAAAAACUGCAUUAAAACUUUUAUUAGUCUUUGUUGAAUAUACUGAUUCAAAUAGUUUACUCCUCCUGGCAUCUGUUACAGCAGUUGAUCGUGAAAAUAAUAGACAACCAUGGUAUAGUAUUAUGAGAAUUUUACGAGAACGUAAUGCAACAGAUGAAGAAACUCUAGUAUAUGGAAUGACUGUUAUAAAUAAAACAUUAGAUGGUAUUCCAGAUCAAGAUACAUAUUAUGAUAUUGUAGAUUCAUUAGAAGUACAGGGUAUAGAAGAAUGUUUAAAAGCAAUGAAUAGUAUAGCAAAUAAAGAAUUACAAGAUCAAGUAGCAUUAUAUGAAAAAGUUUUAAAACAAGAAGAUGCAGCAAAUGAUGAGAGUGAUUCAAGUGAUGGUUUAGUAGUUAAAAUGAGACAUAGUCAAAUUAAUAAUGGAAAUUAUGAUAGAAGUAGUUUUAGAAGAGAUAAACAAGCUAUUAAUAAUAAUGGUAUAAAUAUUGAAAAAGAAACUAAAAAAUUCAGUGAAAAUAUUUCUAAAUUUGAAAAUGAAGCACAAAAAUUAAUGAAAGGUGAUUGGAUUAAAGAUGAUAAAAAUGAUAAUGAUAAAAAUAGUAUUCCUAAAAAUAAUUAUGUAAUGAAAAAUAAUUAUGAAAGAAAUGAUAUUAAUAAAAAUGGUGUUAUACCUCCUAAUAACAAUAAUAAUAAUCUUGAUGGUAAAGAAAAUUGUAGAAAUGAAAUAACUAAAAAUGAAAUUAAACAUGAUGAACCACCAGUUGUAAUUGAGGAUGAGGAACCAAAAGUAAAAGCACCACCACCAUCAUUUCCAUCAAUGUUAUUUUCUCCAACUGAAAAAGUAUCAAUGGAAUUUCCUGAAACUGUUGAUAAUAAAAAAGAAGAACCAACUAUUAAACCAAUGAUGAAAACAAGACAUGAUGAUGAAGAAGAUGGUGUAUCAAAUAAUUUUGCAGCUCAAUUACGAAAACGUGCUCAAAUGAGAGAAGAAAACUCUACAAGAAGUGGAUUAUUUGAAAGUAAACAAAGUGAAUCUGAAAUUAAUUGGAAAAAAGCUGCUGAAAAUUUGAAACAUAAACCAUUAAUUAUUAAUGAUUUAGAUUUUUCAGAAUUUCAUGAUGAUCAAUUUGAGCAGGAUCCUCUUGUUUUAGCUAGAAUGGCACAAAAUAAUAUUAGAAAUGAAAAUCUUUUAUCUGGUGGUCCACCACCACCUCCACCUCCUAAUAUGAUAAAAGGAAUACCACCAGCACCACCAAAUAUUCCACCACCAUUGUCAUUUGGUAAAAAAGAUGGUAGAGAAUCAUCACCUCCUUCAUCUAAAGCAGCAUUAGUUAAAAUGCAUUGGAAGGAAGUUGUAGCAGAACCACCACCAGUACCAACAUUAAAAAAUAAGGGUACAUUUUGGAAAAAAGUUGAAACACCUCAAAUUGAUACAUCAAAACUAGCAAAACUUUUUGAAAUGAAACAAGAAAAACAGAUACUUAAAAAAGCAAAUGGUGAAGUUAAACCACAAGUUUUACAAGUUUUAUCAAUGAAAAGAUCACAAGCAAUAAAUAUUGGUUUAACAAAAUUACCACCAAUAAAUGCUAUACCAGCAGCAAUUAUGAAAUUUGAUUCAUUAGUUCUUAAUAAAGAAGGUAUUGAAAAGAUAUUACAAACAAUGAUGCCAACAGUUGCUGAAAUUGAGUUAAUUCAAAAUAAAAUGGCAGAAAAUCCAGAUAUGCCAUUAGGACAUGCUGAACAAUUUUUGUUAAAACUUUAUCAAAUACCAUGUUUAUUAGAAAGAUUAAAAUUAUGGUUAUUUACAUUAGAUUAUAAAAAUUGUGAAAAAGAUAUAGCUGAACCAUUAAUGGAUUUACAAUUAGCAAUGAAAGAAAUAGAAUAUUCAAAGACAUUUCGUACAGCUAUGGGUAUGUUAUUAACAAUAGGAAAUGCAUUAAAUGGAACAGAAAUACAAGGAUUUCAAUUAGAUUAUCUAACUAAGGCAUCAGAAGUCAAAGAUCCUGUUUAUAAACACACAUUAACAUAUCAUUUAGCUGAGUAUAUGAUUGACACAUACUCUGAUGGAACAGAUUUAUAUUCAGAAUUUGGUGCUGUAGCUAGAUCAGCAAGAAUUGAUUAUGAAGAGUUACAUGAAAAUUUAAAGAAAUUAGAACAAGAUUGUAAAGCAUCAUGGGAUUAUUUAAAUAAAAUUAGUCAAAAAGAAAGUACACAUUCAAUGAAACAAAAAAUUGAUGAAUAUCUUAGUGAUGUUGCUAAAAGGAUACAUCAAUUAAAAAAUAUUUAUAGGUUAACUAUUAAUAGAUGGCAUGCAUUUUUAUUAUUUUUUGGGUAUACAGUACAAGAUAUUCCUAAUCAAAAACCAAUGACAGUUUGUAAAAUGGUUAUUGAAUUUGCCUUAGAAUAUAGAACUACAAGAGAUAAAAUUCUCCAACAAAGAAAAAGGUUGGCUGAUAAAAGAGAAAGGAACAAAACUAGAGGUAAAAUGUGGGCAUUAGAAAAACAAAACAAUCAAGAAAAUAGUUCAAAUGUUGGAAGAAGAAGGCAAUUUGUUCAAAAUGAUUCAGAUAGACAUGAUGAGAUGGCUAAAAUGUUAACAGGUGGGGAUGAUUCAUUGAAUCGUCGUCGAAUUAGACCAACUCCAGAAAGAACAGCUGAGCAAACUAUAAUAGCUAAAAGAGAAGCUUUACGAUCAACCCCAGGACCUAAUGGUGGUGAAACAAAUGAUGGAGACGAUGAAAUAUUAGAUGGUUUAGUGAAAGCUGCAACCAUUCAAUCUGAACCAAGAGAUAAUAGAAGGAAAGCUAGACAAUUUAACAGAAAAUCUCUUCGUAGAACUAGAACAUUGAAAUUAGUUGAUGAUCAACUUGGGUCAGUUCUUAAUAACUAUUAA